CCGGGACGUCACCGCGCCGCCAUUUUGCACCGCCAGCCGCCCCCAGGGCCGGGGGAGCGGGAGGGGGCGGCGGCCGGGCCCGCCGGGGCGCCUGAGGGGAGCUGGUCGGGGGGGGACGACCCCCGUCACGUGACAGUGGCGCGUACUGCAGCGCGGGAGGGGGAGGCCGCAUGACCCGCUCUGCGGCGUGGCCCCAGGCACAGGCGCCCCCUCCCACCGUUUCCAUGACGACCAGUCCGUCCACGGCCCGCGACGGCAGCGCUGCGCGGGGAAACCCCGCCCCUUCCGCGCAGCCUGCCCAAUCAGCGCGGAGGACGCCGAGGGGGGGGCUGUUUAAAUUCCCCGGGGGGCCGCGUCCGCCGUCCGUUGGUGCGUGAGGCACCGCGCCAUGGGCAGCGCUGAGGAGAGAGAUUGGAUUGAUGUUGCCAAUGAUCUUUUAAGGAGCUGCCACAUAAACCAGCACAUAAAGCAUCUCUCAGAAUGUGGUGCCGAUGUGUUUGUUCGUCUUUAUGAGUCGAUCUUAGGAGAAAAAGUACCAGAUUUCAUAGCUGCUCCUAGAAGCCAAGAGGAUGAUGCCCAUAAUGUACAAGCAGUAAUAGAUUCCCUGGCACUGGACUAUUUGCAGGUCAGCUUGUCGCACAUCACUGGUGAGAACAUUGUGAAAGGAGAAAGGGAAUCUAUCAGAAACCUCCUCGAAAUAUUUGAUGGUUUGUUAGAGUAUCUUACAGAAGAAGUCAGUGAAUCUUCUUCUCAGAAUGGAGAUGAGGCAAAUGUGCUGUCCAAUAAUGAAAUUCAAAUUGCAUCUCAAGAGCAGCCAGAAAGCAACACUGAUCCACUUAUGCAACCCUCAAUAUUCUCAUCAGUUGAAGGGUCCCAGUCAGAAUUUUUUGUUCCAUCUUGUGAUACAGAUGGAUCAGAAUCUACCAGUGAAUUAAUUAGACUUGGAGAUACUGCUCAUUCAUUUUCCAAGAGAAAGGAAGAAUUCCAGUUUCCUGAAUUCUUACCAGCAGAAGAGGACAACGGGGUGCAGGAAUCUAAAAACUCAGGGGCUAUUGCAGCAUUACCUAGGCACUUUUCUGAAACUGAAAGGGACAUUGUAAAGGAAAAGGAAGAUGGGUCAUUGGAGUCUGUUCAUACUACUGAACCUCAAAAAGAGAGUUUGAGUGCCAGUGCUACAAAACUUGGGGAGCCUCUACAGCAAGCUAUUCCUCUGCUACCACCAUUUCAGCCUUUGGAAGCUAGACCUUAUUAUCCUGGAUGGAGAAAUUAUCACCGUUCAGACAGUGAGUCAGCAGCUUCGGCAAACAGUCAAGAGGGGAAAACACCUACUCUUGAAAAGUCAGUUAAAGAAAAAUCUGAAGAUGUUUCUGGUAGUCUUCCUCUAUCAAGGAAGAUCCUUGUAGCAGGUGCAGUGCAGCCUGUGCCAUCACCUAACACUUACCUGUUUGCUUCUGCGGUGGGAGAUGAGGUGGUAUCAAAUGCCGCCGAGGACAGUGUGGCAAAGGUUCCUCAGGUAUAUGAGACUUCUACAUCUGCUUCUUCUUUGCAUCAAAAAUUCUCACGAAGUGCUGAACAAGUAACACAAACUCCAAGACCUGAAUCUAGAUAUCUGCCUGGAAAGAAAAGCAGAUACGAAAAUUCUACUAUGGAUUCACUUGAAGAGUCUCUUUCCCACAGAAGAACAAAGGAAAAGCUAUCUGAGCAAGAGCUUCAUCAAGUGUCAGAAAAACUCUCUCACAGGUUAAACGAACUAGAUUUGAUGCUAAAGCAAGCUUUGGGUGGGCACACCAGAGAAGAGGACUUGACAAAUGAAGACAACCUGUCUCAGCACAGCGACAGUGUCAUGGAUUAUCGCCAAAGGAAAGCUGAACGAGACACAUCACGUCUAAGGUACCCCAGCAGGCCACGAUCCCUUUCUCCAUCCUCCCCCUCAUCUCAGCAUCAACUGUCUUUAGAGUUGGAAGAUAAACUUUGUAGUAACAGAACAGGCCAAAUAAAGAAAAUACACAGCCAGCUGCAAAAAGAAAGGGAUGAAAGAACAAGAAAAACAAAGAUGGUCACUAAAGCUUACGAAGAUGAACUACGAAUUUAUGAAGCUAGGGAGAGGCUCAGACUCAGCAAGCUCAGAGAAGUUACCAAGAAAACGGAACAAGAAUACAAAGAAAACAUCUUUAAAGAACCUCCAAAAAUGCCUCAGCCAGUGAAAGUUUAUUCUAGAAAAACCACACCUCGGAAUCCCAAAUACAGCCAGUGGAUUCCAAAACGAGGGACUGUGAAGCCAAAGAAAGCAGCUCCAAUGAAAGUAAGAGAUGACGGCCUCCUAUUUCAGCUACUGGAAGAGUUUCCCCACCUGCAUAUUUCCCACCAUACAAUGAAUAAAAUGUGGCAGCGGCAGCUUGCACAUACUGAACAACUUAAGGCAGCUUCUGGCAGAACUAGAUCACACCUCCAAAAUGAAGUUCAACAAGCCCUGAAGAAGCACGAGCUCCUCGUUGCACUUAUUAAAAAAGAUCAAGACCACAACAAGAGACUGCAAGAAUUCAAGCAACGCAUCUGCCGCCAGAAAUGGGCUCAGAGUAAAGUGAGAGAGAAACGCCAGCAAGUUGCUCGAGCCAGGAAAUACUAUGAAGAUUACCGGGUUCAGUUGCGUGCCAAGAUGAUGCGGGCUAGGACACGGGAAGAAAGGAUAUUUAAAAACUUAUUUGAAGAAGGCUUAGAAAUCCAGAAGCAAAGACUGAUGGACCUGAGAUCAUACGCUCAAGAGAAGCGUGCUGAGCAAAGGAGAGAGCAUCAAAAUGAACUGGAGUCUAUGGAGAACUAUUACAAAGAUCAGUUUUCCAUGCUAGCAGAAGCUUUAUCUCAGGAACGCCAAGAAAUCCAAACCAGAGAGAAAGCACAAGCACAAAUGCUGCAGAAAACAAAAAGAGAACUGAGAUCAAGGAUGGAAAAGGAAAUACAGCAACUGCAAGCAGCAAUAAUGCAAAGUGAUGACGACACCUUUUUUCAAGAACUAGAAGCAGACAGACUGAAAUCAAGACUUCAGAUGGCUUCCUUUCAGUAUGGCAAAAGUAGUUUCUUGUAAGACUUAAAGUGAAUAUCACACCAGUUCUCUCUGGUGAAGAUGAUGAGAAUCUUUGAGAGCUGCUGUAGCAGGAAGAUGAUGUGGGCUGUUUUUAGCUAAAAUAAUUAGGGCUGUUAAUUUGACGCGUCAGAGGUGUAGUUGCUGGUAUCUGGGAGCUCUAUAGCACUUUUAUGAUCACCAAUAAAGUUUUUUUUUAACUUCUUUCUACCUUCUUAGCAAGGCUGCGAUAAUGUUGAGCUCCACACAGAGGAAGCAGGGUAAAGUCGCCUUAGUGGAGGAGCUGAAUGCUCAGGCCUGCGCUGGUUCUGCUGUUGCUGGAGCUGAACUGCCACACUCGUCUGUUAAAACACUGGAAUGCUCAAAAAGAACAAGAUCUUUAAAAGAACUUCACUGAUUCGAGUUCUUAUGAAAGGACAAAUUAGGGAAUGCCUGCAAUAAACCGGUUGUGAAAAUCA